CCCGGAUGUUGGCUGCUCCCGCUGCUGCUGCCGCUCUCGGCGCUGCUCGGGGCCUCGGCAGCUCGCACCAGGCACCGUUGGGACUUUUCCCGGGGGCGGAGACGCACGCAGCGGCCGGGGGCUCGGCCGGGCCAGCCCGGCCUGCGCAGCCUGAGAUUCUCUUUGUGGCCAGAUGGGUUUGUAUGGACAAGUUUGUCCAUCUGUAACUUCAUUAAGGAUGACAUCUGAACUGGAGAGCAGCUUAACAUCUAUGGACUGGUUACCACAGCUUACCAUGAGAGCAGCCAUCCAAAAAUCUGAUGCUACACAAAAUGCACAUGGAACAGGGAUUUCCAAGAAGAAUGCACUCCUUGACCCAAAUACAACUCUGGACCAGGAGGAAGUCCAACAGCACAAAGAUGGGAAACCUCCAUACAGUUAUGCCAGCCUCAUUACAUUUGCAAUUAAUAGCUCACCCAAAAAGAAAAUGACUCUAAGUGAGAUUUACCAGUGGAUUUGUGAUAACUUCCCAUAUUAUAGAGAGGCUGGCAGUGGUUGGAAGAAUUCAAUACGACAUAAUCUGUCAUUGAACAAGUGUUUCCUUAAAGUGCCUCGAUCCAAGGAUGAUCCUGGAAAGGGUUCCUACUGGGCAAUAGACACCAAUCCGAAGGAAGAUGCGCUACCUUCUCGGCCAAAGAAGAGGGCGCGGUCUGUGGAACGGGUAACAUUGUACAACACUGAUCAAGAUGGCAGUGAUAGCCCACGCAGUAGCCUUAACAACAGUCUCUCAGACCAGAGUUUGGCAUCUGUUAAUUUGAACAGUGUUGGAAGUGUGCAUAGUUAUACACCGGUGACCAACCAUCCAGAACCAGUCUCUCAGUCAAUAACUCCUCAGCAGCAGCCGCAGUACAACCUGCCAGAACGAGACAAACAACUUCUUUUCUCAGAAUACAAUUUUGAAGAUCUCAGUGCCUCAUUUCGGAGCCUUUAUAAGUCAGUCUUCGAGCAGUCACUUAGUCAACAAGGUUUGAUGAACAUCCCUUCCGAAUCUUCCCAGCAGUCCCACACUUCAUGUUCCUAUCAGCAUUCUCCAAGCAGUACAGUGAGCUCUCACCCACACAGCAACCAAAGCAGUCUGUCCAACAGUCAUGGCAGUAGCCUUAACACCACAGGCAGUAAUUCAGUUGUACAAGUUUCACUGUCCCACCCACAGAUGCACACACAGCCAGCUCCACAUCCGCCCCAUCGACCACAUGGUUUACCACAGCAUCCACAGCGUCCCCAGCACCCGUCACCACACCCGCAGCAACAUAGCCAGCUCCAGUCCCCUCACUCCCAGCACCCAUCUCCGCACCAACACAUACAGCAUCAUCCAAACCAUCAGCACCAGACGUUGACACAUCAGGCACCCCCACCCCCACAGCAGGUAUCCUGUAAUUCUGGUGUUUCAAAUGAUUGGUAUGCAACACUUGAUAUGCUGAAAGAAAGCUGUCGAAUUGCCAGCAGUGUUAAUUGGUCAGAUGUAGACCUUUCACAGUUUCAAGGUUUGAUGGAGAGUAUGAGACAGGCAGAUCUCAAGAACUGGUCUUUAGAUCAGGUUCAAUUUGCUGAUCUCUGUUCUUCUCUUAAUCAGUUCUUUACACAAACUGGCCUUAUUCACUCACAGAGUAAUGUUCAACAAAAUGUUUGUCAUGGUGCCAUGCAUCCAACGAAACCUUCCCAGCACAUUGGAACAGGCAAUUUGUACAUAGACUCUAGACAGAAUCUUCCUCCUUCAGUGAUGCCACCUCCUGGUUAUCCUCAUAUCCCACAGACACUCAGCACUCCAGGAACAACGAUUGCAGGCCACCAUGGAGCCAUGAACCAGCAGCACAUGAUGCCUUCCCAAGCCUUCCAGAUGCGGCGCUCCCUGCCUCCAGAUGACAUCCAGGAUGACUUUGAUUGGGAUUCAAUUGUGUAG